AUGCUGCAGGGGGCUCCUGGCAUGCGAUCCUUAGGGGGAGGAAAAGGAGGUCGCGAGUUCGCAGUUCGGUGUGGGGGAAGACUGGAAACGGGGCAAGCGGCGGAGCUUUGCGCAGAGAGCUGCUGCUGGGAAGACGCCUUGAGUUGCCCAAUGCAUACGCCGCGCCAGCAAAACGGAUACGACUGUGGCGUCUUUGUGUUGGAGUAUAUACACUUUCUGACAAGCCACUUGGAAGCCAUCGAAACGAUCCUCGCAGGACCAACACGGCUCUCGCAGGUGCAAAACGGGAGCCUCACCCGGCUGCAGGGCAGCAGCGGCUUUCCGACAACAGCUCUUCACGCGCACCUCGGAGUGGGCGAUCCCCCCGAGACGAUGCUCAGGAGACGUCAGCUGCUGGAGCAGACUCUAGGCUUCAGCUGCCCGUGUAUGGCUAUUUGCAGCGUGGGCAGCAGCGACUGCGGCGAGAGCAAGGAGCAGGGGCCCCUCCGCCUCCCCGGAGCCACGCGCGAGCAGCUGCUUUCCCUCCGCAUGGCUCCUCGCAUGCCUGAAAGGCAGCUUCGCGCCGCUGUCGCGAACGCCUCUCUCGCCGAUGCUGCCUCUGCGGAGCGGCACGAAGAGCGAAAAACACAAUUUUGUCGCUGGGGGCCCCUCCCACACUCCGUCAGCAAGCGGCGCUCUGGGCAUACCCAGUGGUUUACGCAGGUCAGAGUAACACAAAGGAGAGCGCAACUGCACAAGAUGCUGCUGUUUCUGCGGGAGAAUGCGUCUUGGCGUGAGGACCCCAAGUUGGUAGAGCAGUUAGUUGCCCUCUUUCUAGCCCACCGUGGAGAGAGUCUCUUGACGGCCCUCUCCACGGGCAGCCCCUACAUGCAACCAACUGCAGUUCUCCCGAGAAGGAGCGCUUGUCGUUAUCUGCAGCGUAUCCUGACGUGGCUUCAAAAACCUUUCCCUUGUGACUUCAUUCACGAAGAGGGCAGAUCCCCACAACAGCGCUGCUGCGGCCCUUCGAUCAGCGCAGCUCUUGUGCUUGCCUUUUCUGCAUUGCAUGGCAGUGUGCCCCCGUGGGCAGCAGAUCUGAUACCACCACCCUCCUUCACCCCUACUGUCACUGCACAUUCGGAUCUAGGAUUUCAAGGGUUCGAGGGAUAUGAGGGCACUAGCGCAGAGAAGCGCAAAGCAGGGGAGGGUGGGGUCGGGUGUAGGAGUAGAGACGACGCGAACUGGAGCCUAGCCAGCGAACGGCAAGGCCGGAUUCGCCUUUUGUGGAGGGCCCCUGUAGAUUCCCUUAGCAGUAGCGUUUCGAUUGCAAGGCCUCUCCCCUCAGGGCUAGGUGGAGGCAGUUUAGACGAGGAUGCUUGCACUGGUCAGUCGACAGAGCAGACUCCUCAUUUACAACAACUUUAG